AUGUCGGAUCAGGAGGCAAAAUCUUCAACAGAGGACUUGGGAGAUAAGAAAGAAGGAGAAUACAUAAAACUCAAAGUUAUUGGACAGGAUAGCAGUAAAAUUCACUUUAAAGUGAAAAUGACUAUACAUCUCAAGAAACUCAAAGACUCUUACUGUCAAAGACAACUGGGAAUGGAGGAAGAAGAUGUGUUGAAGUUUAUCAGGAACAAACAGGGUGUCACAUGA